AUGCGCGCGCUCACACUCGCGCUCGCCGCGCUCCUUUCUGCGCUGGCUCUCCUCCACCCCAGUGAUGCCCAAACACCGACGCUCGGCCUUGCCGACGGCUUCCUGUCCUUCGACACUGCGGACUUCAAGGUGCAGCUCGUGAAGGACUCGCAGACGCUGUACUCGUUGCAGACGAAGGACGGGUUCGAUUUCAUCCCCGCGGACGUGAUGGACCAACGCCAGUACGACGGGAACUACCACCUUGGCGACCUCACGUUCCGCGCGCGCGUCGUCGGGCAGACGGCGUGGACCAACGGCGACACGUCUUCGGCGCGCAAGAACGUCACCCAGCUCGCGGCGUCGGGCAGCACGCUCGCUGCCGCCCACCUGGCGCCCACCCUUCCAGGCGCGUCGCUGCUGAACAUCACCCGUCGGUGGGCACUCGAAGACGGGGAGCUGCAGCUGCUCUUCGACGUGACGAACUCGCAGUCGGAGGCUGUCGAGAUCGGCUCGCUCGGCGCACCGCUGGAGUUCAACAACAUCUUCACAGACCGGACGGCUGCCGAGACCAACACCCUCUGCAGCCUCUUCGACCCCUACAUCGGACAAGACGGGGGCUACGUCCAGGUCACGCCCCUCCUCGGCACGCUCCCCCCACUCCUCGUCCUUCCCCUCGGCGGCUCUCCCCUCGAAGGCUGGCGUUUCCUCCCCGAGGACGAAUCGCAGCCGCUCGGCUACCAGUCGCAGACGUUCGAGGGCCUCUACGAGUGGCAGUUCCACACGCUCGCGUACGCACAGGACGAAUGGGCCGCCGUCACGCCCUGGAACGCCCCCACGUCCGCGGUGCUCCCCCCGGGCACGACGCGCACGUACGGCCUGCGCUUCGCGCUCGCGCCGUCGAUCCGCGCGAUCGAGGACACGCUCCGUGCCAAGGGGCGGCCCGUCGUCGUCGGCGUCCCCGGCUUCGUGCUCCCCGCGGACCAGGAGGCGAAGCUGUUCGUGAACUACACCGCCGCGGUGCGCGCGCUGUCCGUGGAGCCCGCCGGGGCGCUCUCAUGGACGGCGGACGCGGACGGGGCGAGCCCCGCGUGGACGGGCUACACGAUCACCGCGAACGGAUGGGGCCGGUCGCGGCUCACCGUGAACUUCACGGACGGGACGUCGACGACGGUGCACUGGUACGCGACGCACGCGGCCGCGCAGGUCGUCGCCGACCUGGGCCACUUCCUCACCACGGAGUCGUGGUUCGACGACCCCACGGACCCGUUCAAGCGCUCGCCGAGCGUGAUCAGCUACGACAGCUCCGUAAACGCGGUGGUCAGAAACGAUCCGCGCGCGUGGAUCCCCGGGCUGAGCGAUGAAGCAGGGGCUGGUUCGUGGCUAGCGGCCGCGGUGAAACAGUUCGCGCAGCCGAACGCAGCGGAGGUCGCGAAGAUGGAGCGCUUUGUCAACGAGACGCUGUGGGGCUCUGUGCAGAACAAGAACGGCACGGUGAAGAAGUCCGUCUUCUUCUACCAGCCCACGCUGGUGCCCAACUACACGUAUCCGUCGUCGAUGGACUGGACGGUCUGGUGGUCUUGGAACGAAGCGUCGUCCUACGCUACGGACCGCGCGUAUGACUACGUGCACGUCAUCGCCGCGUACUGGUCGCUGUACCGCGUCGCGCGCAACUACCCGUCCCUGGUCACGACGCACGACUGGCGUUGGUAUCUGAACCAAGCAGUCCUCACUGUCGCCACUAUGACGAACGGCCGGGUCGGGUACGCGGAUGUUGGGCUGAUGGAGGAGACAGUGAUCAGGUAUCUGUUGGAUGAUCUGCAGCGCGAAGGGCUCUCGACCAACGCCACCCUCGUCGAGAGCCGUAUGAAGGCGCGGGAGUCCAUAUGGGCAGGAGAGCAGUUCCCGUUCGGAUCUGAGAUGGCGUGGGACUCUACUGGGCAAGAAGGCGUGUUCGCGUGGGCGACCUACUUCAACGACACCACGACGGCCACGAACGCGCUGAACUCCAUCCUUGCGUACCAACCAUCGAUCCCGCACUGGGGCUACAACGGAAACGCGCGCCGCUACUGGGACAACGUAUACGGCGGAAAGCUCCAACGCAUCGAGCGCCAGAUCCACCACUACGGCUCCGCGCUGAACGCGAUCCCGCUCCUCACCCGCUUCCGCACCACCCCCGCGGACACCCACCUCCUCCGCGUCGGCUUCGCGGGCUCCUCCGCGCCGCUCGCCUCCGUCGACGCGCGCGGCUUCGCGGCCGCCUCCUUCCACUCCUUCGCGGACACGCUCGCCUGGGACGCCUACUCGGGCGACUACGGCCCCGGCUUCGUCGGCCUCGCGCUCGAGGCCGGCACGUACCUCGUCCGCGACGCGGAGCUCGGCUGGCUCGCGUUCGGGGGCACCGUGCGCGCGACGACGGCGGCGACGGUGCGUGUCGCGGUGCGCGACGCGGUGCGGCGGCGGGUGUUCGUCGCGCCGCUCGGGGCGUGGCUCACGCUCGACGCGGGCGCGUUCGACGAGUUCACGUUCGAGCCAGCGGCGCGGCGCGUCACGCUGAACAUCACCGCGGCGGCGUCCGGGGUCCAGGGCGCGGCUGCGGCUCCGCGGGCGCGCCUCGUCGUGCAGAACACGGCGGACAACGGGCUGGGGGUGCUCAGGCCCACCACGAAGCUUGCCCAGGACGCGGGCGCGUACGUGAUUCCGUUCGCGCAUGGAGUGGCCUCUGUCACCUUGACCCUUUGA